AGAUGGCGUCUGUUGGAAACGUGUGUUAGCAGAGUGUCUUUGUUGUGUUUUUUUAAAGUGUGAACAUGUCUAAAGUCCAAAUGCUGAGAGCGUUGGUGAAGCAGCGACUAACUGCGGCUGCUGAAGAGAUAUUUGGGCUGGUUGAAAGAACGAUAGCAGAGUACGAGGAGGAACUUUGUCGAUCAAAAGAGGAGAACGAGCGACAACGGAAACUACUGGACGCUGUUUUCAACCCUCAGCUUCGGUUACACAGAGCAGACGUCCAGCAGCUGUCGGUGGUUAAAGAAGAGGUUCCACCUGAGCAGCAGGAGUGGAGCUCCAGUGUGGACCAGGAGGACCCAGAGCCUCCACACAUUAAAGAGGAACAGGAGGAACUCUGGAUCACUCAGGAGGGAGAGCAGCUUCAAGGGCUGGAGGAGGAUGAUAUCACCAAGUUCACAUCCACUCCUGUCCCUGUGAAGAGUGAAGAUGAUGAAGAGAAACCUCAGUCCUCACAGCUUCAUCAAAGACACACUGAACAGAUGGAAACAGAAGCAGAGGGAGAGGACUGUGGAGGAGCAGAACCAGCCAGGAGCUCAGAUCCAGAUACACAUUUACAAUAUGAGACUGAUGACAGUGAUGAUUGGACGGAAACCAGAGAACCUCAGUCAGACGUCCAGCAGUUGUUGGUGGUUAAAGAAGAGGUUCCCCCUGAGCAGCAGGAGUGGAGCUCCAGUGUGGACCAGGAGGACCCAGAGCCUCCACACAUUAAAUGGGAACAGGAGGAACUCUGGAUCAGUCAGGGGGGAGAGCAGCUUCAAGGGCUGGAGGAGGAUGAUAUCACCAAGUUCACAUCCACUUCUGUCCCUGUGAAGAGUGAAGAUGAUGAAGAGAAACCUCAGUCCUCACAGCUUCAUCAAAGACACACUGAACAGAUGGAAACAGAAGCAGAGGGAGAGGACUGUGGAGGAGCAGAACCAGCCAGGAACUCAGAUCCAGAUACACAUUUACAACCUGAGACUGAUGACAGUGAUGAUUGGACGGAGACCAGAGAACCUCAGUCAGACGUCCAGCAGCUGUUGGUGGUUAAAGAAGAGGUUCCCCCUGAGCAGCAGGAGUGGAGCUCCAGUGUGGACCAGGAGGACCCAGAGCCUCCACACAUUAAAGAGGAACAGGAGGAACUCUGGAUCAGUCAGGAGGGAGAGCAGCUUCAAGGGCUGGAGGAGGAUGAUAUCACCAAGUUCACAUCCACUCCUGUCCCUGUGAAGAGUGAAGAUGAUGAAGAGAAACCUCAGUCCUCACAGCUUCAUCAAAGACACACUGAACAGAUGGAAACAGAAGCAGAGGGAGAGGACUGUGGAGGAGCAGAACCAGCCAGGAACUCAGAUCCAGAUACACAUUUACAACCUGAGAAUGAUGACAGUGAUGAUUGGAUGGAGACCAGAGAACCUCAGUCAGACGUCCAGCAGCUGUUGGUGGUUAAAGAAGAGGUUCCCCCUGAGCAGCAGGAGUGGAGCUCCAGUGUGGACCAGGAGGACCCAGAGCCUCCACACAUUAAAGAGGAACAGGAGGAACUCUGGAUCAGUCAGGAGGGAGAGCAGCUUCAAGGGCUGGAGGAGGAUGAUAUCACCAAGUUCACAUCCACUCCUGUCCCUGUGAAGAGUGAAGAUGAUGAAAACAAACCUCAGUCCUCACAGCUUCAUCAAACUCACACUGAACAGAUGGAAACAGAAGUAGAGGGAGAGGACUGUGGAGGAGCAGAACCAGCCAGGAACUCAGAUCCAGAUACACAUUUACAACCUGAGACUGAUGACAAGACUGGGGCAUCUUCUGAACCAGAGACUGAUGACAGUGAUGACUGGAAAGAGACCAGAGGACCUCAUUCAGACGUCCAGCAGCUGUUGAUGGUUAAAGAAGAGGUUCCCCCUGAGCAGCAGGAGUGGAGCUCCAGUGUGGACCAGGAGGACCCAGAGCCUCCACACAUUAGAGGGGAACAGGAGGAGCUCUGGAUCAGUCAGGAGGGAGAGCAGCUUCAAGGGCUGGAGGAGGAUGAUAUCACCAAGUUCACAUCCACUCCUGUCCCUGUGAAGACUGAAGAUGAUGAAGAGAAACCUCAGUCCUCACAGCUUCAUCAAAGACAAACUCAGCAGAUGGGAAUAGAAGCAGAGGGAGAGGACUAUGGAGGAUGUGAGGCAGCCAGAAACUCAGAUCCAGAUACACAUUUACAACCUGAGACUGAUGACAAGACUGGAGAGUCUUCUGAACCAGAGACUGAUGACAGUGAUGAUUGGACGGAGACCAGAGAACCUCAGUCAGGUGUUGCUGGACCGCAGAUGCCUGCACUUGCACCCACUUUUGUGGAAGCGAUUACAAAGCUGGAGCAAACAAUUGAGCAGCUCAAGACGAAAAGAGACAAGCUCCGUAGUGCAGCGGUAAAUGCACUCAAGACACCAGGCACAAGCGUGCCACCAGCAGCUGCAAACUUAGCAGCUCACAAGCGCAAAAGGGAGUCGUCCUCCUCCUCGUCCUCGUCCUCGUCCGCCUCCUCCUCCUCCUCCUCAACCUCAAGGGAAUCCUCUCCGGAGAAGAAGAACGGGAAGCACAAGAAAAGACACCACAAGAAAGGGAAGGACAAGAAAAUGAAAAAGAGGAAGGAGAAGUUUCCCAAAAGAGACGUCCAGCAGCUGUUGGUGGUUAAAGAAGAGGUUCCCCCUGAGCAGCAGGAGUGGAGCUCCAGUGUGGACCAGGAGGACCCAGAGCCUCCACACAUUAAAGAGGAACAGGAGGAACUCUGGAUCAGUCAGGAGGGAGAGCAGCUUCAAGGGCUGGAGGAGGAUGAUAUCACCAAGUUCACAUCCACUUCUGUCCCUGUGAAGAGUGAAGAUGAUGAAGAGAAACCUCAGUCCUCACAGCUUCAUCAAAGACAAACUCAGCAAAUGAGAACAGAAGCAGAAGGAGAGGACUGUGGAGGACCAGAACCAGUCAGGAAUUCUGAUUUGGACAGACAUUUACAACCAGAAAUUGAUGACAAGACUGAGGAGUCUUCUGAUCCAGAAACUGAUGACAGUGAUGAUUGGAAGGAGACCAGAGAACCUCAGUCAUGUUUAAACUCUCUGAAAAAUGAUCAAGUCUCUGUAAAUGAUUUGAUUGUUGGUGAGAAAGGAUUUUGCUGCUCUGAGUGUGGGAAAAGAUUUGGUCACAGUGGAGAUCUGAAGAAACACAUGAGAACUCAUACAGGAGAGAAACCAUUUAGCUGUUCUGAGUGUGGGAAAAGAUUUGGUCAUCGUGGAGAUCUGAAGAAACACAUGAGAACUCAUACAGGAGAGAAACCAUUUAGCUGCUCUGAGUGUGGGAAAAGAUUUGGUCACAGUGGAGAUCUGAAGAAACACAUGAGAACUCAUACAGGAGAGAAACCAUUUGGCUGCUCUGAGUGUGGGAAAAGAUUUAGCCGUCGUGGAAUUCUGAAGCAACACGUGAUGGCUCGUACAGGAGAGAAACCAUUUAGCUGUUCUGAGUGUGAGAAAAUAUUUUGUUACAGUGGAGAUCUGAAGAAACACAUGAGAUUUCAUUCUGGGGGGAAACCAUUUACCUGUUCUAAGUGUGGCAAAAGAUUUGGUCACAGUGGAGAUCUGAAGAAACACAUGAGAUUUCAUACAGACGUCCAGCAGCUGUUGGUGGUUAAAGAAGAGGUUCCCCCUGAGCAGCAGGAGUGGAGCUCCAGUGUGGACCAGGAGGACCCAGAGCCUCCACACAUUAAAGAGGAACAGGAGGAACUCUGGAUCAGUCAGGAGGGAGAGCAGCUUCAAGGGCUGGAGGAGGAUGAUAUCAUCAAGUUUACCUUCAUUCCUGUCCCAGUGAAGAGUGAAGAUGAUGAAGAGAAACCUCAGUCCUCACAGCUUCAUCAAAGACACACUGAACAGAUGGAAACAGAAGCAGAUGGAGAGGACUGUGGAGGAGCAGAAGCAGCCAGGAACUCAGAUCCAGAUACACAUUUACAACCUGAGACUGAUGACAGUGAUGAUUGGACGGAGACCAGUGAACCUCAGUCAGACGUCCAGCAGCUGUUGGUGGUUAAAGAAGAGGUUCCCCCUGAGCAGCAGGAGUGGAGCUCCAGUGUGGACCAGGAGGACCCAGAGCCUCCAUACAUUAAAGAGGAACAGGAGGAACUCUGGAUCAGUCAGGAGGGAGAGCAGCUUCAAGGGCUGGAGGAGGAUGAUAUCACCAAGUUCACAUUCACUCCUGUCCCUGUGAAGAGUGAAGAUGAUGAAGAGAAACCUCAGUCCUCACAGCUUCAUCAAAGACACACUGAACAGAUGGAAACAGAAGCAGAGGGAGAGGACUGUGGAGGAGCAGAACCAGCCAGGAACUCAGAUCCAGACACACAUUUACAACCUGAGACUGAUGACAGUGAUGAUUGGACGGAGACCAGAGAACCUCAGUCAGGUUUAAACUCUCUGAAAAAUGAUUUGCUUGUUUGUGGGAAAAAAUUUGGUCACAGUGGAGAUUUGAAGGAACACAUGAGAACUCACACAGGAGAGAAACCAUUUAGCUGUUCUGAGUGUGGGAAAAGAUUUGGUCACAGUGGAGAUUUGAAAAAACACAUGAGAACUCACACAGGAGAGAAACCAUUUAGCUGCUCUGAGUGUGGGAAAAGAUUUGGUUACAGUGGAGAUCUGAAGAAACACAUGAGAACUCAUACAGGAGAGAAACCAUUUAGCUGCUCUGAGUGUGGGAAAAGAUUUGGUUACAGUGGAGAUUUGAAGAAACACAUGAGAACUCAUACAGGAGAGAAACCAUUUAGCUGUUCUGAGUGUGGGAAAAGAUUUGGUUACUGUGGAGAUUUGAAGAAACAUAUGAGAACUCACACAGGAGAGAAAACAUUUAGCUGUUCUGAGUGUGGGAAAAGAUUUGGUCACAGUGGAGAUUUGAAGAAACACAUGAGAACUCACACAGGAGAGAAACCAUUUAGCUGUUCUGAGUGUGGGAAAAGAUUUGGUCACAGUGGAGUUUUGAAGAAACACAUGAGAACUCACACAGGAGAGAAACCAUUUAGUUGCUCCGAGUGUGGGAAAGUAUUUGGAAGAAGCGAACAUCUGAAAAAUCACAUGAGAACUCAUACAGGAGAGAAACCAUUCAGCUGCUCUGAGUGUGGGAAAGUAUUUAGUCGAAAUGAUAAACUGACUGUGCACAUGAGAUCUCAUACAGGAGAGAAAUCAUUUAGAUGUGUAAUUGGUGGGGAGUAAUUUAGACAAAGUGGAACUUUAUAUACAAAUAUUAGAACUCAUGAUGGAGGAAAAUGAUUCAGCUGCUCAGUUUGUACAAAAAUCAUUUACAUGGUAGAAAGCUUUAAAAACUCUCAUGAUAACUCAUAUAGGAGACUGACCUUUCAGCAUGAAAUCUGAAACUGUGUGUGGGAAAAGAUGUGGUCAAAAUGGAAAUCUGAAGAAACAUAUGAGAUCUCAUACAUGAGAGAAACAAUUUAGCUGUUCCGAAUGUGGGAAAUCGUUAACACAGAAAGAAUAUUUACAUACACACAUGAAAAUUCAUGAGGGAGAAAAGUGAUUCCGCUGUUCAGUCUGAAAAUCUAUUUAGAAUAUUAUUUUAAAAAAGGCUCAUGACUGACUAACCCAAACAUUUAUGUAUGUAUGUAUGUUUUUAAAUGUGCAAUAUGUAAUUUUCUGCCGCUAGGGUCUCAAACCAAAACAAUAACAGAAGACGGAGUUGGAUGACGUCACGAAGUUGCGUUGGAUCAUGGGAGUUGUAGUUAUACAACAGAUACAGAUCUAACGUACCUCACUCUGUGUAAUUGAAACUGACCGUGGCAGUUUUUUUGGCAGAGCGAGCUUCAGCAGCAGAGAAAUGCUCAUGGACGAGGUAUAUUCCUGAAGUUAUAUUCACUUUAUGUUUCACUUUUUGCAAAUGGGGUCCGUUGGCCGGUGUAGCAGCCCGAGCCGAUCUGGUACCUACACCGGAUCGUCAAACUCUGAUCUAACUAUCAGUAGUAACGUUACUUCGGCUGACCCAACGUCCUCUUUUGCCCAGACAUGUCCACUUUUCACGUCCGGGGCAUCUGGGGGGGGGUUUAUAAACUGAUUACAAUGUCUGGUUUUCUGUAUGUUAAGUCAUAGCUCUCUUUUUUAGCGACUGUCUCGCUAACCUCAGUUAUUUACACUCUAUUCAGAAAUGCUACUUACUUUAGCUGAGCGGUUGGCAAUCUGUUAGUUAUUUGAGCACACUGCUAGUUACUUAGCUUUACAGUUAGCGAUGGCUUCUCCCUCUCUGCUGCUCUCUCUUGCUCAGUGCGUCUUACGUUUAGCUAUUCCUCUGCCUCUUUUAUAAAUGCAGUUCAUUUACCGGCAUCAGCUCAGCAUUAUAGAAACCUAUCGUUAGAUGUUGUGGUUAGCCAGCCUCCGCUCCACACCGCUCCACAGCGGAGGCCGCUGGCCGGAGCAUUGGUGCCCCGGCGGGCAGCAGUGCUUGCAGUACACUGGUGGAAAUGAUUAAUAUUUCGAUAACAUCAGCCAAAUGUUUGCUUACCUGUCUAGUAGAACACACGCGAGGUCGGCGUCAAAUUGUAGUCCUAGAUUUUCACGAAGCUCUCUCCAUCUCGGAAAGGCCACACCAAUAUUUAUCCUGGAUUUGGCUCUCUUCCUAUCCCAAAUUCUUUUGGGAUCGCUUGGUUGACCUGUACGUUUCCGUUUUACCAGGUUGUUUACCGGGACAGCUUUGGUGUCAGAAGGUACAGCAACCAUCAAUGCAUAAUCAUGAUCCAUGAUGAGUUAGCUUAGCCUAGCAACAGUAACAUUCAUUCUCUGACGUCUUAUCCAGUCUGCUUCUUCUUCUACUUCAUUUAAUGUCUAUGGUAAGUUACGUCGCCAUUGACAUGCGACCUAAUGACACGGUCCGUAACUGUUAAUAAUAUUUCAUAUUUAUCUGGGUUUGAAAAAUUGUUGGAAACAUUCCUGAUAAUCAAAGUACACAACUAAACAACAUAUAUAAUAUUGGUUUCGUCAUUUUUAUACAUUUUUAUGUGGAAAAACUACAUAUUAUACCUUUAAAUGUAUGCAUUUAGUUACUUCCUUACUUACUUUCCAAGAUCAGUCUUGUACAGCCAGGGGGAGUAUUUCCCCUCUGACAGCCAAGCUGGGUCAAAACCUGUUAUCCGGUGGUGACUGGACUUUUGCUGCUUGUCAGGGGCAGGGCAUGCAGCACUUUGGCUCUUUCCUGUACUUGAAUCCAGAGCAGGAAAGCUACUCUGGCUGCUGCAGGGACAACUAGUGGAGCGCAGGGGUCGUCACAGCAGUCACAUUCCACUGUCUCAUCAUAUCGUCUGCCUCUUGAUGUAAACAGAUGUAAUCUGUCCUCUUGCUGCAGUUCGUGGGAGUGACAGCCAGGCACACGUGUUUUGAUGAAAUGCAUGCGCGAUUUAAUAAAAUGUGUGUGUACUACAUGAACUACUUUUUUUUUCUGCAUAUAUAAAAUCAGAUGAACUAAACUAAAA